GAUAGAGAAAGAGAGCAAGUCGAGCGAGAGUGAGCAGAAAGUGUGUGUGUCAGAGAGCGAUGCAUUGUGGGUGUGAUGUAGUGAGCGCCAUAUUGACAUGGGAUCAGAAUAUUUAUGGAACUUGGAACUUUUGGUUAGGAUGAUGUACAGUUAUAAUAGAUUUUGGCAACAAGAAUUAUUUUAUUGUCAAUACUACUUGUUGGCAAAUUACAAUUACAAAGAGGAUCGCCAAUAACUGUAUCAUUAUUGUUGUUAUUAUUUUAUAAUCUGAGUGUGUAAAUUAUACUCUUUCAAUUUCUCUACUCACGUUACCUCUUCUCUUUUUGACAGCUUUAUAAAAUCUCCCCAUCUAGACUUGUUAUUAUUACUACUACUACUACUUAUAUUUGUUUCCGUAGGAAAAAAAAAAAAAAACAAUUUCCAACAUAAAAAAAAACAAAAGCACUAAGAAAUCGACACCCAAAAAAUGAGUUCUGUUGACAACAAGAAAACAAAGCGUCGAAAAAAUAAGAAAAAUGUGACUGUCAAAAACGUGGUGCAUUUCAAUCACGUCUCUAAUAAUUUGACGGUGACCACCACGACCUCCACCUCCACGACGUCGUCGACGCCACCAAGCUCUGGUGGUUGUGCCACUCCUGCCUCUGCCUCGUCAACGUCGGAUGUCAUAUAUCAGCAACAAACUCAGCCAACGCAAACACCUAAUGACAGUACUUGUGAAAUCCAGAAGGAAAAUCGGACAUUACCGGUGCUGCUAAGUAACAGGGGACUAAAUUCUUAUAUGGAUAAGGAUAAGUGCCUUUUGUGUAGUUGUGAGAAGCAAGCGUCUUUGCCUCAAGCUGAUUGGAUGAAAUCUGAUAGUGAAAAAGUUGCAAAGCAUCAGGAAGCUAUUAACCAUUCUUCAAAGCAUAUAAAUUCAAAAUCUUUACCAAUUCUAAAAGAAAUGAAUUCUUCAUCAAAUAAUGAUUCAAAUUCUAAUGGUUUGGUUUGUUCCUGUGUUACAUGUCUGGAAAGAAGGUUAUAUACAAGAGAUACACACCAACUAUUUAUGCGGUUAGAAUCGCAGGCUAAAGAAUUUGUGAUAGAAAAAAGAGAAAAGUUGUUAGAACAAUUAGAUAUUGAAUACAGGUGUCCUAAUGAAGCAAGGGAUUUUGUUUUUCUCCUUUUUGAUGAAUAUAGACAAUUAUGUCAAGCUGCAUCUAAAGUAUCGGACAUAUUAACUGAACUGGAGAAAGAUCAUUGGAAGAAAUUUGAUGUUACGUGGGAUUUUUACAAUCGUCAUUUGUUUCACUCUAUUGUGUAUACAAAUCCAUCUAUUCAAGACAAUUGGCCAGCAGUACUGAAGCAACUGAAUUCAACUGCAACAACUGAUGCAAAUGGUGUUGAAUCCUAUCCUAGUCUAUCUGACCGUAGCAGUAAAUUUGGAGAGGAUAUGGAGAAAGUAUCACUCAUGUGGAAAUGUCGGCAAAAGCUUAUUGCAUCAUACAAUGAUGAACAGCAGUCACUGAAAAUGAGGCAUAAAAUACUUGCUGAAGAUUGGGAAUUUUUCAAGAAACAAAGGAAAUUACUUGAAAAGAGUGUGUCUGAAAAUGCUGAUAGUUCUGGGAGCUGCUUAUGUCAUGAAAAUUCUUCAGAUCAUGUAAAUAUCUGCUGUCAGCUACCAAGUGAUAAAUGUGAAUCUGCAGUCCCUCAUCAGCAUCUUGGUUUUCUGCAUGAUUCUAACUAUUGUGUGGCAGAUGUUAGUGCUGCCUCUAUAUCCAGUACAACGUCUAGUAGUUGUUCCUCAAGUCCUGUGAUUGAUUUAGAUCAGUUACCACUUAGCAUAGAUGAAUGUUCUCAGCCUCUUCAAAAUGGUGAUGCUGAAAAUAAUGAUAGUCAGUCUGAUAUUGAUGAAGAUGAAGUAAUAGAUGAUGAAGAUGGAGAACACCACAAAGGAACUAAUUUGGGUUUAGAUAAUGCUAAUACAAUUGCACAGAUGACAAAUGGAAUAUUAGAUAUUUCCAUAUUUUCAUGGGAAGAUGAUAAAAAACAAAAUGGUUCUGCUUUGGAUGGAACUGCUGAAAACUGUGACUAUCAUCGUUAUAUUACUACAAACUCAGAAAAACUUAUUAAAUCUGAUGACAACCAGUGUCAGUGUCACUUUUGUUUACGCCAAAGAGGGAACACUGUUUCAACUUCACUACCUCAGCAUGUUCCUAUUCUCCCAAGACCAGCACAUCUUCAUCUUUAUCCACAUAUUCAUGGACCUUCUGGCUUGCAUGGCCUUCAUGGAACUGCUGCUGCUGCUGCUGCCGCUGCUGCUGUGAAUGGUGGUGGCAAUACUGGUUGCAGUAGUAGCAGCAGCAGCAGCAACAAUAAUACUAACAAUAGCAAUAUUAAUAAUAAUAAUGCAAAUGGUAACACAAGCAUUGUUAAUGGAGGACCGUCGUCUCAUGCACGUGCUAUAUUGCAACCUCAAUGGGAUGUUGAAGUUGUACAACUUCGACAACAACCUAAAUUUAUUAUCUCACCUCAGUCAAAGUUACCAGUACAAUUGGUGCGUUCUAAUGCUACUGCAUUAACUGAUCAUGAACACACUUACCAAGGGGAUUGGGAGAACACUCAGUUGUACCCUAGGUUAUUACUUGAUACUCAUAAAUAUGAUGAGAGCAUAAAUGGUGAGUUACUGCCAUGUACGUCAUCGCUUGUCAGAAGUUCAUCAUCGUCAUCACCAUCAUCAUCAUCAUCAGAAUCAGGGUUGCCUUCCCAAGGAGCUGUGAUCGAAACAUUGCCAUCUAAUCAUCUCUCAUCUAGCCUUGAAUCAUCUUCAAUUGAAGUGCAAGUUACGGUGCAGCAAACUGAGCUUCUCCAACCACAAGAAUCCUCACAGCAACCAUCCCUCCCCUUCUCUUCUGCCACUCCUUCAUCUACAUCACAAUCUGCAACAACAUUAGUGUGUAGCAAGGUACACAAGUGCAACAAUCAGAAUGGUUCCAUUAAAAGCCAUUCGUGUAAUCGUCCAGCUACCCUUGGUGGAAACAGUUCAUCCCAUAAUGAAAAGGUUCACAACCAACACUGCAAGAAGUAUGGGGCUAACACAGGAGGUGCUGAGAUAAGUCCAAGAAAUGCCAAUAUAGUCAAAGAAGAUUCAUCUCAUCAGUCUCGCAAUUAUACCAAUGCAAUGCUUGGUCAGUAUUCAUGUACGCAUAAUAAUAACAACAACAAUAAUUUACGUAACAGCAAUGGGCAUGCUUACCAGAAUCCUGGUACAGUUGAUUCUGGCUUGUGUGUAAAUGCUGUUCCCAUGCCAACCACGUUGAAUAAUGUUAGUGUGGGUACGUCAACAAUGUGUACAGAUCCAGAUUGUGUUGUCCACCAAGAAGAUAAUGAUGACAGUGUCGAUGAUAGCUGUUCAGAGCAAAGUUCCUCAACCUCCACAUCGAAUCAAAAGGAAGGAAAAUAUUGUGACUGCUGUUAUUGUGAAUUCUUUGGACAUGGAACUCCACCAAAAGCACCCACUAGUCAUAAAUUCUAUGAAAUGCGAGAAAAACUACAGUUGAAACUUAGAAGACGGAAAGAAGCCAAAGUACAGAAGAAGUCUGAUGAUGACCAGGUUCCCUAUCUUCUUGACCAAAGAGGUUUAGAUGAUCUAGUACGUUACAUUAAUGGUUAUGAUGACUCAAACUGGGCUAAAUCAACAUCAAAUACAGAGAAAUCUUCAACUACAAAAGCAGCUAAGCGAAAGAAACAGAAGCAACGAAAGGCAAAAGAAAGAGCCAAGCUAGAAGUGCAGCAAUGUGAUAAAACUUACCUAAUGAAUGAUUACCCAAAUGGGCAGUGUCAGAUUGCACAGUUGUGUAACAACUCUAACUUGUUAGUGAAAUUAAAAAAGAAACGUGUUAAACACAAGGUUUUAUAUUUACAAGGAGAGUAUUCUGAUGAUGAUGAUGAUGAUGAUGAUGAAGAAGUUGAGUUACAAAACGGGCAUAUGGAUGAGGCAGAUGAUGAAGAUAACGAGAGGCUGGAAGAGAAAAGAUCAUGCUUAGAUGGGAGAUGUCAAGGUAAUGAAUCAUCAACCAAAUUAAAAACUGAAAAUUGCCAUGUGAAAAAGAAUAUUUCUGAAAAUCACCAAAAACAGCUGCCCAAGCAACAACAGCAACAACUGCAGCAGCAAUUACACCAGCAGCAGCAGCAACAACAACAACAACAGCAGCAGCAGCAGCAGCAACAACAGCAACAAUACAUAUUACAACCUAAAGAAGAUUUAAAAUUAUCUGCUGAUCUGAACUUGGUACCAAAUAAGUGUCUACCUAAGAAAGGUAAAAUUUCUGGGAAAAUCAACUCUACUUCUAAGACAGGCUCUAAAUCCUGCCCUCAGGAAGACAUCAGCUCUCCUUCUGUUAUUCCAACACAAACAUUAAGUAAUUCAAAUUCCAGUUCAGAGAAAUCACAUUGUAAAACAGUUACAACAAACAAUAUUACACAAGAAGUGUCAAAUGUGAAACCAGUUUCAGACUGUGCUACUAAAAAAAGCCGAAGGAGUGUUGAGAAGCCAGCAGGAAGUAGUCAGAGUAAAUCUCAUGCUGGCAAUGUUACUAAGUCUACAUUGAAAGUUCACAAUGGUAACCAGUUGCCAACAACAGUGUUGCCCAAUUCCUCCUUGUCAUCAUCAUCUUCUUUGUGCUCAGCAGGACUACUUACAGAACAGAAGUCCAAUAAAGAUCAACCAAACAAAAUAUGUGUUGAACAAAAAACGUCUGAAGAUAAACUCUCCAAAACCAAAAAUGUAAAUAAAAAAUUGGUUGAAAAUGUACCCACUCCCAAAAUUACUGAUCAGAAUAAAUUGAAUGGAAAAAACAAAAGAAAUAAGAAAAAGAAUAAAAAUAGUGACAGUAGUUUUGUGGAAGACGUUUUUUUACCGAAAUCUGAAUCAGAUCUUGAAAAUGGUGAAAUGGAUGAAGUGGAAAGAGAAUUAGAGGAAUUUAAAAGGUUCUGUUUGGAUUCAACUUCACAGAAGAAGGGGAAACUCCAAGUGAAUAUGAAUAUUAAAGAUAUCUUUAAUAAAAGAAAAACAGUCACCUGUACAUGAAUAUCAACUUAGCUGUGAUUGGCUGAAUAUCCAUUGUUUUGUGCUGUGAUUGGCUGAACAAUAAUUAAUUCAUAAAGAAAAUGGAUUGGUUCAAAUUGAUUGCUAUGUUGGGUAGCUUGGCCACUUUGUAAAACAUCUCUAUUAUUGGGCGAAGCAAUGUUUGCUAAUUCACUUUUGUCUCAUCACACUUUAAAUUUUCUUACAACACACUCAAAGAACUGUAAAUGUGUAGAAGGGCUGAUACGAUAGACUUUGUGUUGAUGUUUAGAGACAAGCUUUUUAAUAGCUUGCAAUAUCUUUUCAACGGCCAUGGCAAGUUGCUGAGCAGCUUGUUGCAACACCAAGUCUUGGUGCUAUCAAUCCUAACACUAUUUCUAAUUACCAGCUUAUCAAGAAUGGCACCAACACCAACCAUAACUGCAUUUCAAGAUGUUGCAUAAUGACAUUACACAUGAUAAAAACUCUUGAAAUUGAGAAAAAAAAUCUAUAUAACAAUAAUAAUUGGUCAUUUUAUAAUCAGACUGAUCUAAACAUUUUCCCUGGAACAUAGUUACAUGUAAGAUAUCUACAACUAGUUUUAAGAUUUAAAAUGGAAGCUUUCUCUAGGAUCCAAAGAAAAUUCUAUCACUUGUGUCAAGCUCUAAACCUUUCAUAGUAAAAAUGGCUUUCAAACUGAUUUGGAAGUGUUUAGAGUGGAUGUUUUGAUUUUUAAAAAAAUGAAGAAAAAAAAAGAUAAAAAGAGAAACUAUACUGAGAAAGAAACUAUUCUAUAGUGGCAGCUUCAAUUUCUAGACUUGCUUGCUGCUUCCCUUCAAUAAAAUUAUUGUACAACUUU